AUGGCGAGCUUCCGCCCGCUGACCGUCCUGGUCGGCGUGCUGCUGUCUCACCUGCUGUUUGCCUGCGUGGCCGCCAAGGAUGAAGCUGUCCUCAACGCCGAGAUUGGCAGGCUGAACAACCAGAGCCUCCUCUGGGGGCCGUACCGUCCAAAUCUCUACUUUGGUGUCCGGCCUCGGCUGCCUCACAGUUUGAUGACCGGGCUGAUGUGGUCCAAUAUCGACACAUUCAACGGGCCAAAGGACAAUCUCCGUUUCACAUGUGAGCAGCACCAGGGCAUGGCGGGCUAUGGCUGGGACGAAUACGACACUCGCCGGGGAGGUGUUCAGACCAUCCACGACGCUGGAAACGGCGUCGAUAUCACCACCUCUUUUGUCAAGGUUCCGGGCGGCGGAAACGGCGGGAGCUGGGCUGCAAGGAUCAGAGGUGUGCCCCGGUCCGGCGCCCCCGACAACAUCAAGACCCAGGUUGUCCUCUUCGUCUCCCAGGAAGGUCUGGGCAGUGAGUUAGAGACCGAGGCCGACGGUGAUGUCAGCGGUUUCGCCGGAGAUGUCACCCUCAAUGGCCGGUCCGACUCUCUUGGCGAGUUCAAGCUCGUUGUCACCCACGGCACUGGUGAGCAUCCUCAGGGCGGUUCCGAAGUCGAUGACGAGAAGGACUUCGACAAGACCGUUGUCCAGUCAAUGACCCUGCCGCCCGAGUAUCUGUGGCAAGCCAAGGGCGUCGCCCUCCGUCAGUUCGGGGAGCGCAUCCAGAGCCUCAUGGACAGCAUCGAUAAGGAGUCCCCGCCGCCGCCGCACCAAAUGUACGCUCUGCAGAACAGGCCUGGUGCUGGCAACGGUCACCUCAUCCAGAAGAUCUUCGAGGGCCCAUUCGAGUUCGACAUCCUUUUCUCCAGCAAGUCCGCAGGCAAGGACCUGGGCAGUGAGGACCUGACCAGGGAGAUCAAGGAGACCACCGAGUCCUUUGGGGACCGCUUCACCAGUGUCUUCAAGCCGCAAGCCCCAUUCACUGCCGACAAGUAUGCGAAGUUUGGUAGAAGCAUGUUCUCAAACUUGAUCGGCGGCAUCGGAUACUUCCACGGCCAGCAUGUGACUGACCGCUCCUACGCGCCUGAGUACGAGGAGGACGACGAGGGUUUCUGGGAGGCCGCCGCAGAGGCGAGGGCUCGCAAGGAGCAGAAGCUCGAGGGCCCGUACGAGCUGUUUUCCAGCAUCCCUUCGCGGCCGUUCUUCCCGCGUGGCUUCCUUUGGGACGAGGGUUUCCACCUCCUGCCCAUCGCGGACUGGGACAUGGACCUGACCCUUGAGAUCAUCAAGAGCUGGUACAACCUCAUUGACGACGACGGCUGGAUCGCCCGUGAGAUGAUCCUCGGCGACGAGGCCAGGAGCAAGGUCCCUGAGGAGUUCCAGGUGCAGUACCCGCAUUAUGCCAACCCGCCCACGCUCUUCUUCGUCAUCGACGAGUUCAUCACCAAGCUCAAGAGCAUCGCCAACGGCAGUGCCACCUCUCAGAAGGAGACUCUUUCUCAAGACCAGUCCCUUGGCACCGCCUACCUGGACAACCCCAGCCUUGCUCUGGAUUACCUCCGCCAACUCUAUCCUCUCCUCCGCCGCCAGUUCUUCUGGUUCAAGAAGACCCAGUACGGCGACGUCAAGUCAUACGACCGCGAGGCGUACUCAUCCAAGGAGGCCUACCGAUGGCGGGGAAGGACCCCCCGACACAUCCUCACGAGCGGGCUCGACGACUACCCCCGGCCGCAGCCUCCCCACCCGGCCGAGCUGCACGUCGACCUGAUGAGCUGGGUGGGGCUGAUGAGCAAGUCCCUCAUCAACGUCGCCGAGACGAUCGGCGUCGCCGAGGACGCCGAGGAGUACAGGAAGAUCCUCGACGCCAUCGAGCACAACCUCGACGACCUCCACUGGUCGGACAAGGAGGGGUGCUACUGCGACGCCACCAUCGACGACUACGAGGAGAACGAGCUGGUCUGCCACAAGGGCUACGUCUCGCUCUUCCCGUUCCUGACGGGCCUCCUGAAGCCCGACAGCGCCAAGCUCGGCAAGAUCCUCGACCUCAUCGGCGACGAGGAGGAGCUCUGGAGCCCCCACGGCAUCCGCAGCCUGAGCAAGAAGUCCGAGUUCUACGGUACCGACGAGAACUACUGGCGCAGCCCCGUGUGGAUGAACAUCAACUACCUGGCCGUGAUGCAGCUCUACAAUGUGGCAAAGCAGGACGGCCCGCACCAGGCCAGGGCCGCGGACCUCUACAGCCGCCUGCGCAAGAACCUCAUCGAGACCGUCUACAAGAGCUGGGUCGACACCGGCUUCGCCUGGGAGCAGUACAACCCGGAGACGGGCGAGGGCCAGCGCACGCAGCACUUCACGGGCUGGACCAGCCUGGUGGUCAAGAUCAUGGCCAUGGAGGACCUCGCGGGCUCCGGCCACGUGCGCGACGAGCUGUGA